CUUUUUAAUUUCACUUGAGGAAAGUGUAGUGUGCAUCACGGCAGGUGUGAUAAUUUGUAGGCACAUAUGUGUGCUUAUACAAUUUAACUGCAUGCAAUAGUGUAUGGGUACUGGGUACGUUUCAAACAAAUGGUAAUAUUUUUACUCUAAUUGUCCAAUACCAUCCUUAGGAGGGAUCUAGAAGCGGGGUAACCCAAAAGGAAGGGACGGUUCGCCACCCAACCCCAUUUAUUUCCUCUCAAUCUUCCCCCAAUGGAGCAAUGGAGACACAAAGCUUUCUGCGCAUGCCAAGGAAAAACAUGCGCAGUACACCACUCAGCUGAGCGAAGAAAAAUACGCCAACACAGAGGUGUUGUGGUUUUGGGGAGAGAAGCGGGGAGGGGGCGAUCGAGUGUGACAAGAGCUCCACAACUACCGCAAACUCCUAGCGAACUUCUUCCAAAGGCUUGAAACGGCCUUAUCGUGUGUGUCUGGACUCUCAGGGAAUUCACUCUUUCCUUUCUUUUUCAGUUAUCAAGUCAAAGCUUCUUUUCCUCCACACCACUAUAUCAAAGCCCUUCCCCGCCACGGGCUGACCGGCCUCCCGGGGAAAGGACUCGAACUGAGCAAGUUAGAUCGAGCUUAUCCCCCGCUGCCUGUCAGGGGGUGUAGCAGCACGUGGGUUAGGGAGGUGAAAAGAAGAAAAAAAAGUCUAACUGUACCGGUACUAUUACGGUUUUUUUUAAUACCCUUGUCGUCGAUCUGUCCCGAACCCUGUGCUCUGAGUCGUUUCGACUGCAGACUUGGGCAGUCGGCCCUUUGUAUCAUACCAUCCUCAUGCCAAUGGCUCGAAACCCAGACCGCAUGGAUUUGGAUGUGGUGGGGGAUGACGGGCAGGAAACUGCUUGGUGGGAGCAUUUGACGAAGGAUGGUGUGCGCAUGCGGGAGUUUGUGGAAAAGCUCAAUCCGGCUUGCUUGCCAAUCGAUGCAGGCAAAGCUUGCCCCGAGGUGGAUAAUACUCUCGAGAAGGUGUAUUACGGUCUACACCCCUCCCUCCCACCGGGCAUAUCCAUACCAAGCUUUGCUACCGCCCGUGCCCAAACCAUAUCUACCAUCAUCGGCAUUUUACGCCAGAGUCACCCAAACACUAGUGUAUCAAAGGGCGACAUGGGCGCCUUUUCUAUAUCCUCCUUUCUCAAUGAGAGUUACCCCAAGUCCGCCCCGUUCAGCGUCGAAGCCCUGCAUUCCCGAGCGGGUGAUGGCGUCGGAGAUGGGAAUUCUGUGGCUUCCUCCCAUGGAAGUUCUGGUGGGCCGAGGAGCAGCGGUUCUUUAUCCAUUCGUGAGAGGCCAAGCACCAGUGAUCGCUUCCACCCACGUGAUUCCCAACCACAUCGACACCCACACCAUGGGAAGCCCUCUACUCACACGCUGAGCGAUGCUACCGGGUACAGUCAAGGCAGAAGCAAUAGCGACUCCCCUGGUGCCUCUGGUAGCGCCCUAUCAGACGGUUGUCCCUCAGCGGAUGAAAGCACCAUAUCCUCAUUCUCCUCAACGAUAAACACCCCUAGCCGUUCUCGUACCCCUUCCCACUCUCGCUCCGUUCUUAAUCGAGGUCCUCCAUACGUUCGUACUGGCAAUCAUUUCGACGUGCCCCGUUCAAGGGCCUUGAAUGGGACAGGGCCCGGAGGACAGCAUAAGUGUGAUGAGUGUGAAAAGGCAUUCCCAUAUCCUUCAAAGCUAAAAGACCACAUGCAUAUCCAUCAACAAGAUAAGCCACUCCCCUGCGAUCACCUUGGCUGUCUCAAGAAGUUCAAGAGAGCGCGAGAGCUCCAGGCCCACAAGAAGACACAUGACAGACGUGCCACUUUAAUUUCCCGCCCAAGUCAAGUCCAAUUCCCGGCCCGGUCCCCGGGCCAGUCCCCAGUUCCUCUUCCUCCUCCACAACACCCCUUCAGCCCCUUGGGCCGUGGUGAGUGCUCUACAAAGAGUAAGCCCCCGGAUUCUGAUAGGACUUCCUCUACGUCGCCCGGGGAUGAGUACACGUUUUCUGGGUCACCCUCUCCGGCUUCGAGUCAUAUAGGUGGGCGUGUGGCAACUCCAGAGCGACCUGUUAUCGAUAUACAAGGGAGGGAGGUGAUAGACCUCAAGGAACCUGACCAGCCCACACUUCCCGCCAGUGUGCGCAAAAAGUUGGACAUACAGCUGUUCCCUAAUCUCCCUGGUAUCCAAAGCUAGGUGAAGCGAUUGGUUCCCAGGGCUAUUCAUUUACCGGGAUUAUCCACCUCUAUUUUUUUUCCUUUCUUUUUUUUCCUCCCAUUCUUUUUUUUCCUUCGUGUUUUCUUCUCAGCUAUUUCGCCACGUGGUUAACAUUGGGAAGGGGGUGGUAUAUUCGUUGGUAUGUGCUUGACAUGUGAAGAUGGAGUAAAAAGAUGGAUGAGUACCGGUAUACCGGUAUUUUAAACUUGAGGCGUUAACUGGAACAUUCGAGAUGUGUGCCUGAAGAUCACGAUUUAUAACGGGAGCACAGAUGCGGAUGAUGAUGAUGGUGGUGGUGGUGAUGAUUGUUGGUUCGGAUGGAGUCUAGGGGUGGGGGUAGAGAGCCGAGUGUUUGCAAUGUAUAGGCCCACAGCACAGCUCUGGUACCAUAUUGGUUGAUAUCAAGAAAUGUCUUUUUAUAAAUAGUUUAUCUUGAAACUUUUAUGCUGUUUUUUCUUUUUCCUUUUCUUUUCCUUUCUCAUUCAUGUACAAGUAUACUCUGUACAGUCUAAUGCUGCCCGCCAGCAUCACAAAGCUGA